AAUUUAAGUAGAUUAAUACUUUCUCCAAGUCCAAUAGAUGACGAAACUUUCUUAAAGCUGAAUAACUCAUUAUAUUAUUCUCAAAUUCCUGAAAACUACAUAUCGAUAACAUCUAAACUACGUUAAAUAGAUAUGGAAAUCGAUUUUUCAAACGAUAAAAUACAAAAUAUAUUAAAUGAAUAAAUAAUUCCUUAAUAAUAGUAAAAAAAUGAAUAAAAUAUAUUAUUAUAAAAUCCUCUUUUUCUAAUCGGAGUAGUAGGUUUUCAUCAUAAAAAAGGAUCAAUAAUAGAAUUUUAUUAUCCUUCAAAUAUUCAUGGAUUAGAUGAAAAAAAGCAAUAAUAUAUAAAAGACUGGUUACCUAUUUAUUGUAUGCCGGAUGCAAUUCAUAAUAAAAAUGAAGAUUUUAUUUAUUUUACAAUAAUUAUAGAUGAUGUAAUGCUAUACUGCGUUUCUUAUUUUAAAUAAAUAUAAGUAAAAAAUGAUUAAAUGAGAUAAAACAAUAAAGAAUUAACCAGAAGUCAUUUAUAAAAAAGUCUUUUUGUACUUUCAACUUUGCCUUUAUAAGGAUAUAUAAUGAGUCGUUUAGAACCUACUACAAGGGCUUAUUUUAACCAAAUAAAUAUUAAUGAUUAUGAGAUUUUAGAAAGUGCUUAUUAGAAUAUGAACUAGAGUUUAAAAAAUACACAUAAUUUAAAAGAUAGUGAAAUAUAUAUAGGGACUCCUGUAAAAACUUUAGUUUAUUUUUUCAAAGAGAAAGUUUUGUAGAUUGUAAAGGCUAUUUUAUUGGAAAAAAGAAUUAUAGUGUAUUCUUUAAAUAGUUGUGCUUGUAGUAAUUUUAUUAUUUCGAUUAUAAGCUUGUUUCCGGGGCUUUCUCAUUUUAAUUUUUCUAAUAGUUUUUAUAUUAGUAUUGUAAAAAAAGCGUUAAAUGAAUAUGGGUUUCCUUUGAGGAUUUUCAAUGAAAUAGAUAAGCCUAUUGAAAUGUAUUUUACAGUGUAAAAUUUAGAUUAAAUCGAAAAAUAUAAAAGCUAUUUGAUAGGAACUACUAGUUAAUUAAUAAAAACUCAUAAAAAAACUCAGGCUGAUUUAAUUAUUGAUUUGGAUUAAAAUUCAAUUAUUUAUUAAAAUGAAAAUAUAAAAAAUUUACUUUAGUUAAACAGUGAAGAGAAAAAAUUCAUGGAAAAUAUAUAUAAAAUAAGUAAAUAAUAUAUUUCGGAAGAAUAAAAGGACUGGAAAAAUAUGGAAUAUUCAGCAACUUUUACAUAGUUUGUGGGAAGUAAUGACUGGAUAAGGAUUUAAUUUUAUGAAUAUUUUAUUAAUCUUGUAUGUGAAUUAUAGAUGAUUAAGGGUAGGUUUGAAUAGAAGAAAAAUGAAAAUUUGUCGAAGGAUUUAGAAGAUUUUGAAGAUUAUUUAGAGUCAGAUGAUGAAAGUUAAUAAUAAAGUUAAAAUUAUUAAUAAAUGAAAGGAGUAGAAGAUGAUAAAAUUAAGUAUUUAAAAUAAUAAAAAAAACUUAUUAAAAAUAGCUAUAAUUUUCUUAAAAAAUAUAAUACUAAGUUUAUUUUUGAAUACUUAUAAACUUAAAAUUAUAAGUUCUGGAAAUAAAAUCAUGAUGAAUCUAUUGCUUUGAGAAGUAUUAAUUCUAUUGAAAAUAAUACUAAAGCAAUUAUUUUUUUUUAAAACGGGGAAGUUUAUGCAGGAGGAAUGUAAAAUGGUUUAAAAAAUGGAAAGGGUUGUAAAUUUGAUUAAAUAGAUUAAAAAAUUGAAAUAUGUGAAAAUUAUUUAAAUAAUUUAAAAUAAGGUCAUACUGUUAUAAAAAGUAUUCGAAAUUCUGAAUUUUAUUUUGAAGGUUAAUACAUUAAUGAUAUGAGGGAAGGUUUUGGGAAUUUGAUUUUUGAAAAUUAAAAAUAUACAGGAAAUUUUAAAAAUGAUAAAUUACAUGGAUAAGGAUAAUUAGUAAAUGAAAAUGACGCUAGUAUAUAUGAAGGAGAAUUCUAAAACAAUAAAAAAAAAGGUAUGGGAAAGUUUAAAAAUAACGAAAUUUGUUAUAUUGGAUAAUUUGAAAAUGAUUUAUUUGAAGGUAAAGGAUAAAUAAUAUUUUCCAAUAAUGGUGACGUAUAUUCAGGAGAUUUCAAAAAGGGAAAAAUGCAUGGAUAAGGGGAACUUUAAGGUGUUUCUUUUGUAUACAAAGGAGAGUUUUAAGAUGGAAAAUUUAAUGGAUAAGGUCAGUAUGAAAUACUGGAAAGUAAAAAUGUAUAUCAAGGAUUUUUUAAGAACGGGGUCUUGGAUGAAAGCAAGUAAUAAAUUAUUAAAUAUAAGGACGGAAGUAUAUAUAAUGGGAUGAUUAAAAAUUGGGAAAAAAAUGGAGAAGGAGUUCUUUGUCAUGUAGAUGGGAAAAUAGAAAAUGGAGUAUUUGAAAAUGGUGUUUUAAUUAAAAAUUGA